AUAAUUUAGAACGGAAAAGAUAGCUUGCAAACAUUAAAAUGGAUUGUCGCUUAAUUUUUAAAUUAUUUUCAAAAAGACACAAGAAUCCGAUAAAAAACUGUAAGUUACAUAUAUAUUCUUUGAUCCGGCAAUGUAGCGUGGUGCUAAGAGCGACAGCCAAGGAAACACGGCACCAUGGCAUCGAUGUCUCAUGCAAAUCUGACCAAUCAGUGUCCUAAUUCACAUGCGUUUAACGGUUUUUAUGUAAUUGCAGAAAGAUUAUAUAUAUAUAUUUUUUAAGCCUUAAGCGGAAAAGUAAGUUCAAUUUUCCUCGGCAUUUAACGAACAAAGUUUUCUGGCAUUAGCCGUGAUAAUGGAGGAAGAAUUAGCUUUAACUUUGACUCCCAAAGAGGAGUUACGAUCUUCUCAACAUUUGCAGGGGACCUCGAUUCCGUGGGGCAGACUUAUCACUUGCAAAACGUACUUCGAGUCUAUAGAUUUGGUCGAAACGACUUUUAGUUUCGGCAGAGCGGACGAUUGCGAUGUAAUCGUGACAAGUAAAAUGGUGAAUAACCACGUAUUACUUAACAUUUCCAAGAGACAUUUUUUGAUUCAAAGAGAGGACGACGGCUUAGUGUAUAUUACGGAUCAAAGUAAAAACGGAACUUUCAUUAACGGUGUGUUAGUGGGCAAAGGGAAAACAAAAAUCUUAAAGAGCGACGAUCACAUUUCCCUAGCAGGUGGGCAGAAUACCUUUUAUGUGUUCCUCUGUAAGGGCCCUGAAGGAAUACAAGAUUUCUUACCUGAAGCACUUAAGGUUAAGUAUGCUUACAUUAAGCAAUUAGGACGAGGCUCUUGCGGCGAGGUUUGUCUGGUGAAACACAGAGACACCUGCGAGGUGUUUGCCAUUAAAAAGAUUGUCAAAUCUCAGAGGAACACCUCUCAAAUGCACAAAAUUAAUCACCCUUUGAAGAUAGCAAACGAAAUUAAUAUUUUAAGGCAAAUAUCCCAUCCCUGUAUUGUGGGGAUGCAGGAGUUGUUGGAGACAGAAAGUGAAGUUUACCUCGUUUUGGAAUAUAUGGCUGGAGGAGAAUUGACUAGCAAGAUUAUUAACCAGAAUUUAACAGAAGCGAAUGUAAAAUUUCACUUUUACCAAAUGAUUUUAGCGGUGCAGUACCUCCACCUUAAAGGAGUUACCCACAGGGACUUGAAGCCCGAAAAUAUUUUGCUCCUGGAUGAUAAACCCGAAACCAUACUGAAGGUUUCGGAUUUCGGUUUGAGUAAGGUAACCGACCAAGAUGACAUGAGAACCGUGUGUGGUACUCGCAGGUUCGUGGCCCCCGAGGUCCUGCACAACGCCUUCCGGGACUACGGGGAGUACGGCAAGGAAGUAGACGUGUGGAGUUUGGGAGUUAUCUUGUUCCUGAUGCUGUCGAAGCAGUUUCCCUUUGAGUCUGACGACGUGGACACUUUGAGGCAGCAGAUUUUAACUGGUGCUUAUGACAUGAAGGGCCAGAACUGGGCAGAAAUUUCCUCAGAAGCUAAACAUCUCGUCAGGUCCAUGCUGACCCUACAUCCGAAGCUUAGGAUUAAGUUGAAAGAUAUAUUUAAGCAUCCCUGGAUAAGUCGGUCUUCUUUUGCCACAUUCAAAUUCAAAGAAAUAGGAACCGCUACCUAAGAUAGACUAAGCUGACAACUUUAAUGAAGUGUUUUUCUCUUAAUUUAUCUUAUAUACUUGAUCCGAAAGAAAAGCUUCACGAAUUUGGUUCCUUAUACUUCCAAUGCAAUAUUGGAAGAGUAAAAAUUAUUUGUAAAACAAAAGUUAUCGUAUAAAUUUUCAUGUGUCCGAAAUGGAAAAUUUGCGCUUCGCCCUUGGUGAAGGGCUCAAAAGAAAGUGACGCAGUUGGUGAAUUUUGUGACAUUUCCAUCUCUACGAAAAUAUCAUAGCCGCCCGAGGCGUCCCGAUUUUUACCGUACGAUGGCCAUUAGGUAUGACGGCUAAAAUCCUAGGCUGAUGCGAUUGUUGUUUGUUGUUAUUUCUACCAACGUCGAGGGACAAAAACUUUUUUGCAUUAAAUUGCUCCAAGUGGUAAGUGGACACCAAUCAACGUUUUAUUACAUUUUCGGGAUAUUACCCACGAGUUUGGGGAUGUUUUCGGCGAUAUUAUUCACGACUUGAACGUUUGUCAAAUCUGAGGGCCACCCACAUGUCACUCAGCUAAUGAAUCAUGUUGUUUUGCCAAAAUGUAUCCAAACAGUAAUGGUUGUGUGGAAUAGUAUUCAACACCUCUGAUAAGUUUUUCAGAGAAACUUCCACAUGCUUUUUAUAAAACUUCUUGAUUCCUCCUGCGUCGGUUUUUGCUGAGUCGAACUUGUUAACGUAUUGCUAAUCAUUCUGUUGGCUUCUUCAGAGCUUGAUUGAAACUGGCUCGCAUUGUACCCUGUACAUGCUUAUAUAUUGUUUGACGGGGGCGGAACUAAAUGAGCGGCAUAAACUCCUUCUCGAAUGACUGAUUUCCAUAUUGGUGACAAGUAAAAACCUGAGUCGCGGUUAAGAUUGUUAGGUUGUUUAUAGAUGCAAGAAUUUUAGUUUUACCAAAUAAAAUUUUAUGUCCGGUUUGGUGAUUGUGUUCGGCUACUGCUGAUGAGUUUAUUUGUCUUAGUCUUAAGGCUCUCUCGUGAAACGUUAGCAAGUUCGACUCAGCAAAAUCCUACGCAGGAAGAAUUCAGAAGUGUUGUAAAAAACAUCUCUGACAAAACUUUUUUAGUCACUCGUUUAUUAAGCACUCGCAUUGCUCGUGCCAAACAAAAAAAAUUGGGACAUAACAUACUAUUUGGAUCUUGUGAAUCUACUUGCCCAACAUGGUAAU